UGUGGGCCUAUGAAUUCAGUGUUGAAUGAGGAAGGUCGAGAUCCCUGAGCGUCUUACCGAUUGUCGUUGCUGUGCAUGUCGAGGUUCGAGAUCGAAUGAUUGGGAGCUUUUUAUUGACAGUUUUUAUUUCAAUUCCAGAAUUACACAGUGGCUGUUCCAAGUUUAAGCUCAUCCGUGUUCCUCGUAGCUUCUCCUGCUCGGUGGUGUUAGUUCCUAAGCUUUCAACCCUAGCGGGGUUGGGGGGGUUGGUUUAAGUUUCCGGGUAUGAUUCUCGCGCGUUUUGGUUUGCCGUGGUUUGAGGAUUACGGUGGUUGUCAAGUUGACUGAUCGCGGGAUUCUUGACAUAGGUUUGUCGACUUUUUUUUUGGAGUUGGGUCCUGGACUGCUCGAUUUGGUCUAGUCUCUUGUUUUGUGUUGUAACCGCGGAUCGUGUUCUGAGGGGUUCUGGUACUUAUGGGAGAACGGAGGGGGAAAUACUGAGUGGCUUCAGAGUUUUUUGAAAUAGUCUUAACCCUAAGCGACAGCGCCUCGGCAAUCAAAACUUGGGUGACAGAUUUGGUAUGAAGCACGAAUUCUUGUUUGAGAAUGUGGCGGAGAGAAGCUAGUAAUAUUAUUUUGUAGAAUUGAGAAGCAGGAUAUUGCAAGGUCUGAAGCAAGGAGUCCGGUUUGAGGCACAGGAAGAGAUCUGACAUAGCUGGAUAGGCAGGAUGGGUACCAUGGGUAUGGGGCAAACCACCACAGUGUCGCCACUUGCCAAGUAUAAGCUAGUGUUCUUGGGGGAUCAAUCAGUGGGAAAAACAAGUAUUAUCACGCGAUUUAUGUAUGACAAGUUCGACAACACGUACCAGGCAACUAUUGGAAUUGACUUUCUCUCCAAGACCAUGUACCUUGAGGAUCGCACUGUGCGACUACAGCUCUGGGACACAGCUGGACAAGAGAGGUUCAGGAGUUUAAUUCCCAGCUACAUUCGAGACUCGUCUGUGGCAGUAGUUGUUUACGAUGUUUCGAAUCGGCAGUCGUUUCUGAACACAGCUCGAUGGGUUGAAGAAGUCCGGACCGAGCGUGGAAGUGAUGUUAUCAUAAUGCUUGUUGGCAAUAAGACUGAUCUUGUCGAUAAACGUCAAGUAUCGAUUGAAGAAGGUGACGCCAAAGCUAAGGAAUUUGGAGUCAUGUUUAUUGAGACGAGUUCAAAAGCUGGCUUUAACAUCAAGGCACUGUUUCGAAAAAUUGCUGCAGCAUUACCUGGUAUGGAGGCUUUGUCAUCUCACAAGGAUGAUCUUGUUGAUGUCAAUCUCAAGCCAACAACAAACCCACAGGCGGAGGGUAAAGCAGGAGGCUGUGCAUGUUGAUUGAAUUGAAGGAGCGGGCAUUCACUUCCUUCUACUUUCUUCACAAAGUUUUGGAUGCUUUACUUUUAUAGACGUGAUCUUGCAUUAUUCAGAAACUUCGUUAAGGGCACUGGAAGUAUGAACGCUGCGAAAAUGUCCAGAUUCGGGGACGUGGGGCUGGUGUGAAAUGCUCGUUUGGGCGAGAGUUGAUCAUUAAGAUAUCCGUGUUGAACGAGUUUCAUGUCUCUUGAUAGAUGUUAGGGCUAGGUGAGUAAGUGGACAGAGAUAGGUAUAUUGAGUGCAAGAGCUUUGAGCUUACAAUGAGUCGAGCCGCGCGGGUGGAUAUCUGAUGAUUUCCUGCUUGCAGCGUUUAGAAUCAAAUAGUUUUUUCUGUAAUGUGUUAUGUAUGCUGUGUUUUGCGGCAAUUGCCUUUCUACAUUCU